GUACAUUGAAUUUCUGUAGACUCAUAGCGCGGUCUUUAUAAGUGAACUGUUGUUACUCAAAUGUCUCCAGUGGGCCGUUUUGUGGAUCUAAAAACACUAAAGAGAGGUGUAUUAAACGUCGCAAGUGCCUGUAAGGCUACGCAACAGAAAGAAAUUGUCAUUAAUCCCAGCAUAGAUGGCAUACAACUUCUCAAUGUACCAUCUCUUGGUCUCGGAUUUACGCGACUGGCUCUUGUCAUAAAAUCUGGUCCCAGGUAUGAAUCUUCUGAAAAUCGUGGCAUAAGUCACCUUCUUCGACGAUCCUUUGGAGUAUCUACUCCUGAGUAUACUAGUGUAAAUUUAACAAGACAUUUUCAACAAAUGGGUGCCCGUGUACAAUGUAAAACAACGCGUGAGCAUACCAUCUAUACAGUAGAUGUUGCGCCUAACUUUGCUACUCGAGCUGGUCAUCUUCUAUGCAAUAUGGCUUCAUCUCCGUGUUAUUAUGCUUGGGAGCUGAAAGAUACUAUCUAUCAUUUAAUGCGUAAAGAUGUUGAUAUUUUGAAUAGACGAAAUUUAAGUGGAUUGGCUUUUGAGUUAUUACACGAAGCAGCUUUUGGUACAAGUGAUUCAGGCUGUGGUUUAGGUAAUUCCUUGGUAGCACCGAUUGAUCGUGUUGGAUCACAUUCAUUUGAUCAAAUCGAAGCAUAUCAUAAAAGUCGAUUUAGUGCAGAAAAAUGUGUUUUGGGCAUUGUACAUGCAAACCCUGAUCGAGAUGGUAUGGAUAUACUGAAGACAGUGAAAAAUUCUGUUUAUCUUAAUCCUCCAAAAACAGAAACUAAAUCAGAAAGUCAUGGAUUUAUUGGAGGCGAAAUACGUCGAGAUUUAAAUGCUGCGUCUACUGUUUACGCGUAUUUAGCAUGGCCUGCUAAAGGAUCUUGUCCAGUAUAUGAUUUGAUUGUUUCUGCAUUGAAUGGUUCAUCAAAUCGAAUAGAGCAUGGUGGGAAUGCCUCCAAAUCUUUGCUGGCUAGUACAGUUGCUGAAGGUGACAGUGAAACUGAAGCUGUGGCUUUUCAUAAAUUAUACAGUGAUCAUGGUCUUUUUGGAGUGGCUGUAGCUGGAGCUUGCCCUAAAACAGUCGGGGCCAGAGUAAAACGUAUCAUUGAAGCACUGCGUUCUGCAAAUUUCACUGAGGAGAAUCUUAAGCAAGCUAAACAACUUUAUAGAGCUGAUCUGAUGUUUAGAUAUGAAAAUCCAUUGCAUACACUUAUUGAUAUUUCGACUAAUCUACUUUCAUCAGUUGAUAAGUGUAAAAAACCGACGGAAUUAGUCCCUGAAAUUGAUCAAGUCAAUGUAAACACUUUGAAUGAUGGCUAGUGAGACCGAUACGGAAGCCUCUAGGAUGACGUCCAUAGCACAUGUCCAAUCCACUGAAGCCGGUGUUUUCAGAUGAUGGCACUUAAUCAGUGUGUCCAAACAUCCUUUGCCGGACCUCGGAAUUACUUAUGCGAUGAUAGCAUCUAACGCAAUCAAUCCUACGGAAACAGUGAUGAUCGAGGAGUAUGCGGGGAUCCCCACAUGCUAAGUUCGGAGAGGUCAGGUUUCGCAGGCGUAGAGCUAGACAGCGCGCAGCAUAUAGAUAAACGCUACAGUAUUGAAUUUCAUAUAUAGUAUUCAUCGAUAACCAUAACUGGUUAACAUGUAUAAUUUAAUAUUCAAGUGGUCAUUAAUAGCCAUAUUUCAUUUAUAUAUAAAGCACUUUCACUACCUAUGGUAACUUUUAUAAUCGUUGUUCUUUUUGCUACAACUACUUUUGAUAUAUUACAUUAUAGGCUUUAAAGAAGACCGUAAAAGAUAAUCAAGUUGCCUUCUCAUUGGUUGGUCCCAAUCUCGGUUCUAUUGCACCGAUUCAAGUAUUGCUGAAGGCGUAAUCAUCAUCGUCACUGUGUAAACAGUCUUUGUUUUCCUUUUCCUCAUUAUAUUCUCUUCUCUUUUCACUUUUUUCUAUGCGCGCGUGUGUGCACGCACACACCCAGAGGCUACCUACUGUAGAGAAGUGUAGUUAGUAUUGUUAUUUUGAGACAGAAAGGGAGACAACGAGAGGGAGAGAGAGACAGUGUUUAUAUGAUUUGAGAUUACCAUACUUCACUUAUUCUACUUCUUUUGUCGCUUAGUUUCAUUCAGUCUAGUGGUAGUAUAUUAAUGAAGUUUAUUCACCCCACCCCCCUCUUCGCCUCUCUAGUGGUGGUGGCGGUGUAGUAGCCAACAAGUUUUUGGAAUAAAAUGAUGUUCUUCUGCUUGUUUUUUUAAUGAGAAAAAUUAAUAAAUGCUUAGGUCUUUUUAUUAUUAUUUUUUCAUUUAAUCUAUUGCGUUGGUGAGUGAGUGGUCAUGAUUUCUCGUGUCAGUCAUCAACUUGGCAGAAAACAAUUCCUUAGGGACUUCAUACAAAGAUGUAUGUGUGUGUGUGGUUGGUGGGAGUUUUAAACACCUCUAUCAGAUGUAAAUUGGUGGGUGAUGAUUAGCAGUGGAGUCCACGUGGAUGUGCACUUCGUCCUCUUUGUGACUGGCUGGAUGUACCUGUAUUCCCCAGUAAGUGAAUCAAUGAUGGUGUUCCCCACCCCCCUCGCUGAGGCUCAGAUCCAGUACCUAUAGUUUCAAACACCAUAACAGGUUAUCCAUUAGACCAUUUGCGCCACGAGAGCGUCAAAUUAUGUAGUGGGGCAUCGCCGAAGCAUCUGUACAAGUGGCGUAUAUGUCAACCUGAGGCCGAACACGUUGCUGUUCAAUCAGUCAGCGGGAAAGUUCAACGUGGAUUAAAAAAUUAAAUGGAUUUAUAUCAAUGUAAUGGCAGAUAGCGUCGGUGGCAUAGGGUUAGGACGCUCACGGACCAGGCACAUGGUCUGGGGUUCGAUCCUAG